UUCUGUUUUGAUUUGGUGAGACUUACCUUGUGUGAUAUUUCUUAGAGGUGAAGGGUUGAUUCAUGUAGACGGGGACCGAGUAUAAUAAGUUUACCAGUAGUGGGGAACAUAAUUAUCUUAGGUUAAGGAGAAUUAGAGGUUUUAUUUUGAAUGGAUCCCUUGCUUGCAAGAGAAAGAGAUAUCGAAGUAGAUCUCGAAAGUGGUGGGACUACCAGUGAAGAUGAAAGAACAAAAGAUCAUGGUUCAUCAAGUUUACAAACAAAGAGAACACUGAACGGAGUUUGGCGUGAUCUUUGGAGCUUUGAUAGAAUAGUCAAGGGUGAAAGUGGCAUAAACUCAUGUAGUAGUUCUUCGAGUUUCGGGGGAGUUGAGGGUGAGAAUGUAGAGUUGUUGACAGAAAAGAAUUCGGAAGGAGAAGAGAAUCAUGAACUCGUGGCCCUAGCAGAGAAGAACUUGAGGGAAGCGAAGUGCAAGAAGACAAACACUAGGAAAUCACCCAAACCACCACGGCCUCCGAAAGGUCCAUUGUUGGAUGCUGCUGACCAGAUGUUGGUGAGGGAGAUUGCUGAACUUGCCAUGAGAAAACGUGCUAGGAUGAAACGGAUUAAAACAAGGAAGAGGAUGAAGGACUCAAAGGCCUCAUCAUCAAGCACUAGCCUUUAUGCUAUGGUCUUCACAGUUCUCUUUUGCUUUGUCAUACUCUUUCAAGGUAGAAGUACCAGACGAGGAGCAAGUGUGAUGUCAGAGGGGUCUCCUGCACCCUCAGUUGGCUCAAGUGAAGGCCAGAUUUCUGUUCAGUUUUACAAGAGCUUUCCUAUGACUGGAAAUCACCACCACGAUCUUCCCUGCUUGUUAGAACAGCAUGUUUCUGGUUCGGUUAUUGGGAAGAAACCAGAAAAAUUGCCAGACGAAGUGGAAAAAUAGCUGCUGAAGUUGCCAAUGUCGAAUUAUACGUAGUCAUGUACAAUGGUUUCCUUGGUCUAACAAACGUAAACAAAAUUUUGAUUGCGAGCUAUGCUGAUUUCUGCUUACAUGAACUGA